AUGAAAUUAAUAUUUAUUAUAAUUUUAUUUAUAAUUUUUAAAGUAAAACCAUUUUUAUCAAAUAAUUUAUCAACUAGUGAAUAUAGUUGUGCUAAUGAUAUUUCAGAAUUUUUAAUAGAUACAACAUUUAUUUAUAAUGGUACAUAUGGAUAUGAAUUUUGUGAGAAUAAAAAUUUCUUUUGUAAUGGUGAUAGUGUUGUUAGAAUUAAUUUUAAUGGUUCAGAUUCAUUUGGAGUAACAUAUUUAAAUUGUUUUAAACAACUUUCUUAUUUUUUUAUAAAUGAACCAUCUAAUGAUAUAUCAUUUUCAAAUGUAAUAUUAAAUCCUUCAAUUAAAAUAUUUGAUGUUCAAAAUUUAACAAUUAAAUAUAUUGGUUCAGAUCCAAAUUGGACAUAUUAUAAUGAUUUAACGUCAAGUAAAACAAUGUCAAGUUGGACUAUAGUAUCUUCAAAUGUCCCAUCUUUUAAUUUAAUGAAAAUUAAUUUUUUAAACAUAUUUUUAACAAAACAAUAUUCAGAAACAAGUAAAAAUAAUUAUAUAACAUUUAAAGAUAUUUCAAUAGUUAAAUUUGAAUUAUUUAAUAUUUCAAAUUCAUUUGAAAUUCAAUUCCCUGUUGAAAUUUUUAAUUUUGAAAGAAAUUCUCAAGAAAUUGAAUUUUCAAUUCCAUUUUCAAAAGUUCCAAAUUUAUUAGAUUUUUCAACAUUUACAAAUAAUAGUGGAAUUAAAAAGUUAACAUUAUCAAAUGCAGGUUUAAAUUUUAAUUUUAAUUUAAAAUUUCCAUUUAUAAAUUUACAAAAUUCAUUUUCAAAUAUUAAUCAAUUUUCAUUUAAUAAUGGUAACUUUAAUAAUAUACCAGAUUUAUCAAUUUUUGGAAUGUCAAUUUCAAUAUUAGAUUUAUCAAAUAAUUUAAUUAGUGAUACACUUCCAGAAUUUGAAAGAAGUAAAACAAAUUUAAAACAUAUAAAUUUAAGUAAAAAUAAUAUUACUGGAAUAAUACCAAGUUCAUGGUGUGAAAUAGAAAAUAUUGAUUUAACAAAUAAUAAUUUAAAUGGUGAUUUACCAUUAUGUUUUUCUUGUUUUUAUUCAAUAAAUUCAAAUCAAUUUAUUAAUAAUCCAAAUUUAAUUGUACCAACAACAACAAAUAAAAUUAGUUAUUGUAAAACUUCACCAAAUUUGAUAUUUAAUAAUAAUGAUAAUUGUUUUUAUUUUUUUGGAUUAGAUUUAGGUUCAAAAGUUUAUUUUAAAACAAAUCAAGAUUUUAUUUUUGCAAAUGAUUGGGAAAUUAUAAUUCCAAAUAAAAAAUUUAAAAAUUGUAUUAAUAAUGAAACUGUAUUAAAUGACUUACCAACAUUAUUUGAAUUUUAUUAUCCAAGUAAUGGUAAUAAUUUUACAUUAUCAACUGAAAGAAAGAAUCCAAUUAUUACAGAAGUUCAAAUUCCAUCUAGUUCAUUACCUGGAACUGUUAUAUUCAUUGGUUCUUAUUUUUCAUACAAUUCAUCAAUUAUUAAUAUUUUAGUAAACGGGUAUCAAUGUUUAAUAGAAGUUUCCAAAUUUAAUUAUUUAUUAUGUAAAACUGAUAUUGACGCAAUAAAUGAAAAUAAAUAUAUAUUUUCAAUUAUAACAAUUGAAACAAUAUCGUCAACACGGAUUUCAUUUAUUCCAACUAUUGAAUCAACUAAAAUUAUACAAUGUAAUGAAUCAUGUUUAGAAAAUCAAUUUUGUGCUAACGAUAUUGGGAAAUGUAAAUGUUUGGAUGGCUAUUUCGGUAGUACGUGUAAUGGAAUCGUACAUUUUGUUUCAAGUGUUGAUUCAGUUGAUAGAUUAGGUGGUAUUGUUACAUUGUAUGGUGAAUUUGGACCAGUUCAUGAUAAUGCUUCUAUUGAAAUCGGUAAUUUACUUUGUGAAAUAAUUGAAAUUAAUAAUUAUCAAGCUUUAUGUAAAUUAAAUAGUUUUCCUGAAAAUUCUUUAAAAAUUCAAUUAUUAAAUUUCACACAAAAUAAUUUAAUUUGGAUAUCAAAUGAAAUUUAUCAUAUUCGUGAAACAAUUUUAAAUUGUCCAAAUGAUUGUAACCAAUUUUCAGAAUUAAAAUCUGGUAUAUGUAAUAAAACUAUUGGUUUAUGUAAUUGUAAUAUUGGUUGGACAGGUUUUGAUUGUAGUAGUAGUAUUAAUGUUAAUUCAAAUUCAUCAUCAAUAAAACCAAAUACAACAAUAGAUAAUAAUGGUACAACAACGAUUUCUUUAGAUUUUUUAAAUUUUCAAAUUUUAAUUACAAAAUUAUCUGAAAUUAAAUUUGAUAAUUCAAUUUAUAAAACUUUUAAUCUUUUAAAUAAUUGGAAUGUUUUAAUUGAUAAUAAUAAUAAUAAUAAUAAUAAUUUAUAUAAAUUUCAACAAAUUAUACCAGGUAAUAGAGGUAUUAUUGAAUUUACAAUUGAAGAAUCAACUAAUGAUAAAGAAUAUGAAUUUAUUGAUACAAAAUAUAAACUUGAAAAAGGUUCAAUUAAAAUUUCAAUUAAUAUUACAAAUUACCAAUUUAAUAAUCAAUUAAAUACAUUACAAUUGGAAAUUGAAACAAAAAUAAAUGAUUAUUAUUAUAAUAAUAAUAGUAAUUAUAAUAAUUGUAAUAGUAAAAAAGAAUCAUUAGAAACUUUUAAUCAACAACAAUUAAAUUAUAUAAUAAUUCAAAAAGAUAAAAAACAAUUAUAUGGUCGUUUUAUUAAUAGAAUUUUAUCAAAUGGUAAACCAACUUUAAUUGAUACAAAAUCAAUUAAAAAUUCUGAUAAUACUUCAAUUACUUUAUUAAUGUCAAUACCACAUUGUACAAAAUCUUGUAUUAUUGAUCCUGAUUUUUCAGCAUUAUUAUCAAUUGAUCAUAAAUCAUCAUGUAAAACUGAUAGUGAUGGAAAUAUUAUAAAUGAAUCAGUUGAUAAAGGAGUACCAAAAACAACAAUAAUUGCUGUUAUUAUUUCAAUUGUUGGCGUAGCAACCAUAUUUGGUAUUGGUUUAUUAAUAUAUAGAAAGAAAAGAGUGGAAAAUGAAUUAGCUAUAAAAUUAAAAAAUGCUCAAAAAAAAUAA